AUGACUGGUUUCUGGAUUUUAGUAUUGAUCAUCAGCACCAUGUACGCAGUCCAGUCUGAUAGACGCUGGGUUACUGCACAAUCCCUCACAGUGCCAGAUGUUUAUCAGUCUGAUAAAAAGCUCAGUGUGGAGAUCGGCAACUCAGCUACCCUGCAGUGUUGUGUUUUUGGAAUAGAAGAUGGAGAAAUUAUCUGGUUUAAGCAACAAAAUGGAAAACAACCUCGGAUAAUAGUCAGAUAUUUUAAAACUGCUCAAGAAACGUUUUACAAUGAAUUCCAAAAUUCUCGUUUCCAAAUUAAAAAAUAUGGAAACUGCUUCAAUAUGACCAUUUCAAACACCAUGCUGUCUGAUGAAGCCACGUACUACUGUGCACUCGUGUUUGGAGAUGGAACUUAUUUACAAAUUAAAGGUGAGCAUGUUACCACUGCAUCAGGAACAUCUAAACCAGCUGUGUGUGAUAAUUCAGAGGUGUGUGAACCAACACCGCAUGGAGACAACACACAAAAGAAAACAGUGCUCGGUUUGGGAACGGCUUUGGGUUUGUGUGCACUUCUGAUUUUCUGUCUCACUUAUUUCAUACUGAGGAGAAGAAAACAUGAUAAAAUGAACACUUCUAUAGAAGAUUCUCCAGGAAUGAUGCAGGUGCGUGAAUCCGAAGCUGAAACACUGAAUUAUGCAGCUUUGCAAUUUACCAAGAGGAAAGCCAAAGCUGAAAAUAGGAAAGCUGGCUUAGCGGACGAUUGUGUGUACUCCGAUGUAAAAUAAAAAUGAAUGUUUUUACGUAACAUUGAUGAUCACAGGUUUUACUUCUGUGCACAUAUUAAAGCACUUCAUAUUUUUAAGUGUACAGUGUUUAACCUCAAUUAACAAUCAACAUAAUUGUGAUAAAAAAAGACUUUUGUGUUGCACCUGUGUUGACUUUAAUUAAUGUAAAUAAGUGUAAAAAUAGUUACACACAGAUAGAAAAAUGAAUAGAUGGAUAAAAUAAAUGCAUAUAAAUGAGUAAAUAUAUAAAGCAAGCUUUUUUUUUUUUUUUUUACAGCUAAGCUUCAGUUGUAAGUUACUUCAGAUAAAAUUGUCUGUCAAAUGAGUAAAUGUAAAUGUAUUUGUGUUCAUGUGUUCAUAUGGCUGUUUCUGCA